UUGAGCAUAUUUGGGAUGCUCUGGAUCAGUGGUCGCCAACUGGUCGAUCUUCAAGGCAUUCCUAGUCGAUCACCAAAUAUUUCUGUCGAAAAGCCAACGAACGAUAAAGGCUUGUGUUCCUUUUUUUAAAUCGUGUUGAGCGCACUGGGUAAGCAAAGUGUUUCCAUGAGACAAACUCGGCCUACCCGCAGGACCGGCAAAUUUGUGACUAAAUCGAGUGCACCUAUUGGGCUGCCCAAUCGGAUAGCUCAAAUCACGGUGGCUACAGAGCUUCCGUGACCCUGGCCACAGCAACGUUUCAUAGGCUACUAGCGUACGUAAGAUUUUAUAUAUUUUAAAACCAUGACCACAGAGAGACUGUCAACGAAUACAGCAAAGAGCUGCUGAUUUUAUGAGAACAACAUGAAUUUGUGCAUGAGGCAGAUUUGGUACGACUCGAGUUCCGCCAUUAGGUGGAACACGGUGCCCACUCUCUGGUCAGUCUCACCGGAGGAAAGGAAGGAGAGAGCAGGGACCGUGAGAGGUGGUUGGGACAAGUCUUUUGAACGGUCAUCCAGCUUGGAAUUCCAAGUCGGAAAACUCGGGCAUCUUUCUAGAGCUCCGACUUUUCGACCUGGAGAUCACUGACGUCGUGAUGCAGAAAAGGUUGGUGACCACUGCUCUGGAUAGAUGUGGACGACAGCGUGUUCCCGCCAAUAUCCAGCAACUUCGCACAGCCAUUGAAGAGGAGUGGGGCAACAUUCCACAGGCCACAAUCAACAGCCUGAUCAACUCUAUGCAUGAGCCAAAUGGUAAAGUGGAGCUGAGAACCAGUACUGAGGUAAAGGCUCAGUGUGAUCAGAAUGUGUCCCUGCAGUGUGACAUCAUGUCAUUGAGCCCACUCAAGAUCAUUCUCUUUUCCUGGGUAUGGAAAAUGAAACAGCUGUGUGUGGUCAAUGCCACUGGUGUAUUCUCCUUUCCUGGCGUCCAGUGUGACAUCACAAACAACACCCUCACACUCAAUCUGACUCGGGUGAUGCCGUCCAGUCAGGGUAACUACACCUGCAAACUGCGCUCCAACCUAACAAUCACAGCUGCCAACACCACUGUGACAAUGCAAGAGUGCCUAAGGACAUAUGAGCUCAAAGUGUUCCAGAAUGAGUCUCAGGUUGAGUGCCAGUUAUUUGGAGUUUACCCAGAAGGCACAGUACACUGGUUCCUGGGCUCUGAGAAUAUAACAGAGUCCGCCAGCACCAAGAGCCAGCUGGAUGAAGAGGGGCUGUUUGAUAUAAGGAGUACCCUGCCUACCCAGGCUGGGACUGAGCCUUACAACUGCUCCUUGUGGAUACCUAGUAGUGGAACCUACAGCUCUCACAAACAGCUGCACUACUCCAGAGUGAUCUCUUCAGGGACAAAGACUAGGAGCAGACUGCUGUUGGUCUUCAUCCUGGUUGGACUCAUAAUCAUAACAUAGGACUACUCAUGGGAAGGUCAGGAGGUUUUUUACUGAACAUGGGAAUUCAAACUACAGUAGGGAAAGGGACUUUCCUGGUCAGGGCACAUCUACACAGGAUGGAUCAGGGCCUUUCUCUUACUGAGUGAAGAGAAAGCAAACCUAGACUGGCAUGGCCAAAGUGGAUAUAUGUUUUCACUUUUUAUACUGGGAAGCAAAAUAUCAAAGUAAUUACAAUAAAUACAAUUGAAUUU